AUGGCUGCUCCGGCCGAGAAAUCGUUAAAGGACCUCAAUGGCCGCUGGACCGUGAACAGCGAGCUAUCCGAGUCUAUUGAUCCUGCCCUGGUCAUCCAGGGUAUUGGUUACCUCAUUCGCACAGGCCUUGCCUAUGCAACCAUUUCCAUCAAAGUCACCCAAUUUGAAGCGCCCUCAAAGCCUCCGAAUGAGUCCACCGAGACCUUUACCCACGUUGACAUCGAGCAAUCUGCCUCAGGCCUCACGAGCACACACGAAAAUCGCUGCCUGGACAACAUGUACCGUGACCACACCGAUUGGCUUUUUGGAACGGUCAAGGGCAGGAGCGUCUGGGUUUCCCUAGACGAGGUGGAGGACUCGUAUCUGAAGAAUGGCUGGGAGAUUGAGGGAGACGGCAAGUUCAUCUUGAGCCAUGUCGAGAGUCAAGACUACGGCUGGACUGCGACGCAGGUCUGGGGGUUCCAGCACGUUGGCGGUGAGCGCCGCCAUUGUCGCAACAUUGUCGUCGCAAAAGGUGACGAGCGCGCCGAAUUCCGUCUAGUAUAUGAUUACAACCCCGAUGAGGUAUAG